UAUACAUGUAUAAAGCAAAUAAGCCUAUAAUGGUGCGGUGCCCUGUCUCACCAGCAGGGGGCGGUGCCCAAUCUCACCACCAGGGGGCGGUGCCCCGUCUCACCAACAGGGGGCGCUGCCGACCGCGGAGCUCCAGACGUCGCCGGCUCAUACCGCCGUACCCCCGAAGAAGGGCUUCAGCAGCCCGCUGACAUAUUACACAUUUAAACUCACUCGUUUAAACAGAGUUCACAGACUAAACCUUUUAUUUCAAAUAGAGCUCAUCUCUCUUAUCUCUCUUAUCUCCUGAUCUGCGGGAGGUUUGGAGGCUCGUUUUUACUGGUCCCUGAUUGGCUGGACGCCUCGUGGAGCGGGAACUGAACAUGGACUGGCAAAGUGAUCUCAUGUCUCCGGUGGUCCGGGACACGGCGGUGACCAGAGCCGCUCGCCGCAAGAUGCUGACCAGCAGACCCAUACCGUCCCCCACCAACGACUGGAGCCCCGGGGUAGCCAUGGUAACGCCCGCCCGCCCCAUGCUGAGGACUCCUGGCUCGCUGUUCAGACAAGCUGUGACUCCAAGGCUAAAUCCAGAUGUUUCGGCCAUUAUUGCAACUGGAAACAAAUCCCAGCGCUUCACACGAAAUUUGGAUGACAGUGAUUGGACCAACAGUAUUCUACCCUCUCCGCGGUCGGGAUGGGCUGACACCAGCUUCACUGAUGACUUCACCAACGUUAACUCCGCCCUCCUCAGAGAAGACGACCCCGGAGAGUCUGCUGCCUCCAGCCUCCUCUCGGACUUCCUGUCCGCCUUCCUGAAGCAUUCUUCUUCUGCAGUGUUUGACCUGUUGGAGGACUACCACAACCUCUGUCUGGACAAGGUGGAGGUGCUGCAGAAGGUGGUGCAGCGGGCGGGAGCGUCCAGCAGAACGGCAGGGGUGCGCUGGAUCCUCCAACAGGAGAGCUCCACCUGGAGGCUGAUGACCUCACUCUACAGGGACAGAGUUCAGUCUGCGUUAGAAGAGGACAUUGACAUGACUGUCGCCAGUCAGAGUGAGAAGCUGGUGGUGGAACAGCUAUUUCAACGAGACGCCGUCAUCAGGCAGGGCCAGCUGGUGGUUGAUUGGUUGGAGAGUAUUGCCAAGGAUCAGAUUGGAGACUUCUCCGAUAACAUUGAGUUCUACGCCAAGAACGUCUGUUGGGAGAACACCCUCCAUGCUCUGAAGCUGAGGAGGAAGGGUUCUGUGGGCCUCUCCAUACCGUUGGUCACGGAACUGGACCCAGACGCUCCCCUCAGACAGCAGCGGCCGCUGGCCAACCUGGACCGAGAGGACGACACCAGACUGCUGAAGAACCUGCUGACCCUCAUCAGGGCCGGCAUGACUGAGGAGGCUCAAAGGUUGUGUAAGCGCUGUGGACAGGCCUGGAGGGCAGCUACCCUGGAGGGCUGGAAGCUCUACCAUGACCCCAACAUGACCUCAGGCCUUGGCAGGUUGACUCCUGUUGAAGGGAACCCCAACAGAAGGAUCUGGAAGCUCUGCUGCUGGUCUCUCUCUGAGGAGGAGCAGUUGGACAGAUAUGAACGAGCCAUCUACGCUGCUCUGAGUGGAAACCUGAAGGCUCUCCUUCCAGUGUGUGAGUCGUGGGAGGACUGUGUGUGGGCGUACUUCAGAGUGCUGGUUGACUCCCUGGUGGAACAGGAAGUGACCUCAUCAGGCCUGGCCAAUCAGGAGGAAGAACCGCUGCCCAGAGAAUACACGGAGGCCAACUGGACUCUGGAGAAGAUCUUCAUGGAGCUUCAGGCAACCGACUCAAAGAGGGUUCUAGAGGAACACGGGGAACAUCACCACGUCAUCCAGAGGCUGGUCAUCCUAGGAGAUCUGGAUGGUCUGAUGGAGGAGUUCAGUGAUUGGUUGAGCAGCUCUAAGCCCCUCCCCUCUCACCUGCUCCGCUUCAUGACUCACCUGGUGCUGUUUUACAGCAGUCUAGGCAUCGCACUCAAGGAGGAGGUGUGUGUGGCUGUACUUCAGUCUUACAUCACGCUGCUGAUUGAGGAGCAGCAGUCAGAGUUGAUUGCAAGCUACACUAGCCAGCUGCCUACCGCGCUCGCGGUACAGCGCUAUGCUUCCUAUCUGGAGGGCGUCAGCCAGACUGAGCAACAGCGACGGGCUCUCCAUCUCGCCGCCGAUGCUGGACUAGAUGUUGCCGCGGUAACCCAGCUGGUGGUGGAGGCGGUGAGGGAGAGGGACGGACCAGAGUUCACCCCUCACACGCACACCCUGGACACCAAUACCACACAGGACGACCAGAAGAAGAUUGAUGUGAUUGAUUGGCUGCUGUUUGAGUCCGCCCACCGCGCUGAGGCCCUGAAACAAUCCAACGCCAUCAUGAGGAGGUUCCUAGCGGUCCAGAAGCACGAGGCGGCUAAGGCCGUGUUCUCCAAGCUUCCCGCCGACUCGGUGAAGGAGGUGCAGCGCCAGUGGGCGGGGCUUCAACCGGACACGCCCCUUCCCGCCGAAGACCUCAACGCCAUCCGGGAGCACCGCUGCAUCCGGGCCUAUCUGGAAGCCCACGAGGCCUUCAGUGAUUGGUUCAGCCACAGUAGCUCCGCCCCUCAGAAGCCUGUCCCCGCCUCCCAGGCUAAAUUCACAGAGAGAGUAGCCAAUGAGAUGAGGGAGAACGAGUACCAGGUGGAGUGCACCGCGUGGCGUGGCCGUCUCCAGGUGUUGGUGGACGAGGUGAAGGAGAGAGUUUACCAGGUUCUGCUGUUCGCUGACGGAUGGAUGAUCGACACCCCAGAGGGCGAAGUGAGUGAGCGCGGCCUCCAGAUGGCGCUGCUGCGCUCGCUGUGCGUCCCGCGGCUCAGCUUCCUGCUGCUCAGCGUCCUCACCUCCUCUUCCCGCCACCAGGAGGCACUGCAGCUGGCCGACGUCCUGGCCUCCACCAACAAUCACCUCCACCAGGUGUUUUCUAAGGAGGAUCUGAGGCGGUUUCUUCAGAAGAUCAGAGAGUCGUCUCUGAUGCUUCUGGAUUGUGGCCUGGACGCCCUUGGAUACACCUGAACACACACACUGAUACACACAUCCUGAUACACACACCCUGAUACACCCCCCAUAAUACACACACCCUGAUACGCACCGAUCAAAUAAUUUGUGAUUAAAGAAUCUUUUGAAGCAGAUAGUUUCCUGCUGUUUUUUUAUUCAAUCACCUUUAAUUCUGCUAAAUUACAUGAAUACUUUUUUUUAUAAUUGCUGUUCCACAUGUUGUUCUAUUCGCUGGAGGAAAGUGUGGUUGUGGUUCGAAAGAACCGUUGGACCAACAAUCUUAAAACCGUUGUGCAUGGGUUUGGGUGAACCCUGCUCUGAGUGGGUGAGGGAUAACUGCUCUGAGUGGGUGAGAGUGACCCAAGCUCUGAGUGGGUGAGGGAUAACUCUGCUCUGAGUGGGUGAGGGUGAGGGUGAACCCCACUGGACUGAAUAAUCGUGUUCCAUCACGAGUGAGCAAUAAAAACAUUGAAUGAAAAAAACAAUAGAGUGGCUAGCUAUCUAGAUGACUUCCGUCAUCACUCCCUGUGCUUCCGGUACUUCUGGACGCUACGGCUUUAGCGGAAGUGACCGAACUGCCCGGGACGCUUUCAAUCUUAAAAGUUCCGAGUUAAUAAAUCGCUGAAAUAUUUGGGAUUAUGUUGGUACACAAGAAAAUAAAAUAUCUAACAUAGUAUA